AUGAUAGAAAGUGAAGAAUUAUCAUCAUAUUCACCUAUAUUGCAUUCUAAAGCAAGGUCUAUGCAAAAUUUUAAAGCAUUGUUUUUAUUGAAUAGAAAAUCUUCAAAUGCUAAAGAAUCACAAAAAGCUAAGAUGACUUAA